CGCGCCCCGCUCCUGCCGCCGCCUCCGCAUGCGCGCCCCACGCCUCCUGCUGUUGCCCGCGCUUUGCCGCCGCCUCGCCGCGUCUCGCCCCGCGCCUCCUCCGCGUCUCCCCGCGCCGCCGCCGCCGCCUCCUCCCAGCGCGCCUGCGCGCCGCCGCGAGCUGCACGCGGCGCCGCACCCCGCCAUGGCGCUGAGCCGCUUCGCGUACACGCGCGGCUUCGAGCGCGAGGACGCGUGCCUGCCCGACACGUGGGUGGUGGUGCGGCUCGACGGGAGAUCCUUCCGCAAGUUCGCCGAGGACCACGGGUUCGUGAAGCCCAACGACGCCCGUGGGCUGUGCCUCAUGGCGCACUGCGCGGCGCACGUGGUCACGGAGCUGGACGACCUCGUCUUGGCCUACGGGCAGAGCGACGAGUUCAGCUUCGUGUUCCACCGCAAAACCAACUGGUUUAAGCGCAGGGCCAGUAAGUUCAUGACGCAGGUGGCUUCGCUCUUCUCCUCGGCGUUCGUCUUCUACUGGGACAAGUUCUUCGCGCCGGAGCGGCUCCUCUACCCCCCGGCGUUUGACGGCCGCGUUGUGCUCUACCCCACAGAGCGGCAUCUGCGGGACUACCUGAGCUGGCGCCAGGCCGACUGCCACAUUAACAACCUCUACAACACCGUGUUCUGGGCGCUGGUGCAGAACGGGGGCCUCACCACUACCCAAGCUCAGGAACGGCUCAAGCUCACGGUGGCGGCGGACAAGAAUGAAAUCUUGUUUUCAGAGUUUGGUAUCAACUACAACAAGGAGCCGUUGCAGUUCCGCAAGGGAACUACCAUCAUCUGGGAGAAGCAGGUGGUCUCUGGACACCAACUAAAGGAGACUGAAGCCACUCCCCAUAGGGAAGCCGACCCAGGGAAAGGAGAUGUCAUUGAGAAGGAAUGCAGUGGCAGUCGAGACCUUGUGGACAGGUCUGCGGAUGAGCCCACGGCAGAGGGCAGCCCUGAACAGCGGCGGGAGCGCCCUGUGGGAAGCGGUGAUCGUGUCAGCAAGGGGCAGGAGUCCGUGUCUGCGACGCGAAUGAGCGAUGGUGAGCCAGCGGCGAGUUACAGCGUGGGCGUUGAACCAAAUGCUGCAUCCGGUUCUGCGAGCCGGUGUGUGGCUCCAGACACCCCGACAGAGGGAAGGCGUGCCUCGCGGAAGGCCAAGGGAACGGACAAAAGGCAGGAACAGCAGCGCAAGGUGGUGAUGCUACACGAAGACAUCAUUGGGGAUUCUUUCUGGGAAAGGCACCCAGAUAUCCUCGCAGACUUUUCAAUAAAAAAUAGUAAAAGCCUCACGCUUACAAAAGUAACCAACUGAUGAAAAGUUAGACCGUAAAGAUCAACAACAAUACAUUAUGAAACAGCUUCAUGAUUCGGUCAGGAAAAUUUAUUUUUUAAUAAAAUAAAAAAAGCUUA